AUGUGUCAGUUCUUAGGUCGUCAGGAUUGCAUGGAAAGUCUCCAAAAAGAUCUCGCCGACCUUCAAUGUGCAAUUGCGGACGUCUUUUCCACAACUGGCCCUGUGCGUGUUUUCUCGUGGAAAUUCCCGGACAAACUCUCCAGUAAUCUGGAUUUGGAUCUGGAGCAAUACAGUUUUAUGGAUGAAGAGGAUGAAUUCAACCAGCAUGCUCACAUUGUUUUACUUGAAUUAGUGAUAGACAGACUACUACUUCUCCUACAAGCGUCCAAUGCUUACGUUGACGAACUGAGCAGGAACAACAGGCAUCAACAACCCAAUCAGAAAGGAUACAUGUCAAUUGGACUGGUUGUUAAGGAAUAUUGGAGGCAUUUACUUCAAUUUGCAAACAUGAAGUGCAAGGAAAACAAGUCAAAAACAGAGAUGUCCACUGUACCUUCAACGUGUGCCCGUGACAUUUAUCCUCUAAGCUCCAGGUUUUUGCCAGAUGAUGAUGAUGAUGAUGAUGCACCCCUCAGUGCCACUCCCAGCUCACCCCCUUAUCCCAAAGUUGGCACGCACAAUGUAAGCUGUCAAACAGACGAAUCCCCCGCCGCUCCUUGCAGUGCUUGUCAUCAAGCACAGUCUUCUAUUAGAAAGACGGGCAAUGUUCUGGUAGAACUUCUCCAGGGUGAGGGGUUGCCCUCUUCUUUGCACCCACUAUUAGUUGCUGUGCAGGACACUGUGGGACCAAUGACAGCAGUUGAUGUCACGCAGUGGGCCAGUGAGCAGCUCAGAGAUCUGCGCCGACUGACGAAACACGUACAAGAUGUGCGCGAUACAGUUGAGCCUCUUUCAAAGAAACUAGCAGCAGUAGAAGCAGAUCGAGAGAAAUUAAGGGGCGACACGGAACUUGCACAGACAAAACUCGAGGAAGACGUGGAAAAACAGAAAUCCAUAAUUCUUCAGUUGGAGCUAGCAUCACAGAAAGCACAGAAAACCAUGAACGAAAGUAAGCAAAGGCUAUCAGAUGAGUGUCAGCAACUCAAGAGAGAAUAUGCAUCCCUGAAGAAGAGUUAUUCCGAUCUGACAGAAGCAGCAGCAAUACAGCAAGAUAGACUGCAAGAUCUUGAGCGUCAUAGGAAUACUCUGCAGGAGCAACUCAAAACACUGCGCGUAAAGGAAGAGACUUGCUGUGAACUACAAGAGAGGAUCCAGCAGUUUGAAAGUCAACUCUGCGAGGCUGAUCUACUUCUCGAGAAAGAGAAGGCCAAGUACCACAGCGCGUGUCGUCACCAGGAGUCAAUGCAAACAAAGCAAAAGUCUUUUCUGCAGCGAGUGGAGGCUCUCGAUGAAGAGCGCGAGGAACUGCAGAAACAGUUGGGACAGAAGGAGGAAAGCGAGCUUGACCUCCGCAAUCAGCUGCAGCAGAUGUCAGAGGAUAACAAACAACUGCGAACGCGGCUCUCUUCACAGCAGGACCGUUGUUCACAGCUACAAAGUGAGAAGCGGACACUAGAAACACAAGUAGACAAUUUCAAGGGCAGUGUGGCUGAGCUCAAGGAGCGUGUGAAAUCUUUCAAAGAGACGGAGAGGUUGCUGGUGGCUUUCCCAGAACUCAGCCCCCUCGCUCACGGCCAACCGCAGAGUACGGGCGAUGUGCUGUUGGAUAUGGAGCAGCAGUUGCAGGCAAACUACAUUCGCAUUGGCGUGCUGGAGAAGGAGAACGCUACCCUCCACGCCGGUCUCGUAAAAUUGAGGGAGACGGCACAACACGAUGCUGUCAAGAGCACAACUGAUCAACAGGAAAGCUCACUUCUGCAAACGUGUAGCUUCUCUCCAGCCAGCCCACCAGUGGAACGACUCGAUUGCCUGACACAGAUGCAAAGGAGACCUUUUCACAGGCAGACCAGCAGGGCACCGUGGUUGGGAUACAGUGACAGAGGUGACAAAGUAAUCGGAGUAGACCGUCUUUGGUUGUCAACUAGCGCAGCCGAUCAAGUGUCACCCGCUUGUGUGACCCCCUCAUCACCCCAGAGCAUUUCCCUUCGAACCCUUCACUCCAACAUCACAUCCACUGCUGCUAGAACCCAGACACGGAACGCACACAAAACCUCCAAUUUACCUCAAACUAGGAGCUUAAAACAGAUGAAGAAAUGA